AUCAAAUCCAGUUAAUUCCUCCUUUCCCAUUCCGAUUCAAAUCCGGACUCUCUCUCUCUCUCUCCUCUCCGUCUUCUCCCUCUUCCCCCUCCUCCUCCUCCUCUCUCUUUCUCUCUCUCUCUCUCUCCCUGAGAGGUCAAAUAUUUUUCCAAUUUCCCUCUCUCUGUGAAGUAUUUGCUUCUGUCUCUGUUCCAUCUGUUGCUUGCUCUAUAAUUUUAGUUUCUCUGUGUCUCCCUUUCCGCUUUCUUUCUCUGUGUUGCGUGUUCUUUUCUCUGUAGAAGCGCUGGAGACAUGGAUGGUGGUGCACCCUACAAUCCUCGAACGGUUGAAGAGGUCUUUAGGGAUUUCAAGGGUCGAAGAGCUGGCAUGAUUAAGGCCCUUACCACCGAUGUUGAAGAAUUCUAUCAGCAGUGCGACCCUGAGAAGGAAAAUCUUUGCCUUUAUGGAUUUCCCAGUGAGCAGUGGGAGGUCAAUUUACCAGCUGAAGAAGUUCCCCCUGAGCUUCCAGAGCCUGCCCUGGGUAUUAACUUUGCUAGGGAUGGGAUGCAGGAAAAGGACUGGCUAUCUUUGGUUGCAGUCCACAGUGAUGCGUGGUUACUUGCUGUCGCCUUCUAUUUUGGUGCUAGAUUUGGAUUUGAUAAAGCUGAUAGAAAACGCCUUUUUAAUAUGAUAAAUGAUCUUCCAACAAUUUUUGAGGUCGUGACGGGGACAGCCAAGAAACAAGUCAAGGAGAAGUCAUCAGUCUCAAAUCACAGCAGCACCAAAUCUAAAUCAAACUCGAAGAGAGGCUCUGAAUCUCUGGGCAGGGAUUUGAAGGCACUGCAAUCAAGGGACGAGGAUGAGGAGGGUUUGGAAGAGGAAGAUGAUGAAGAGCAUGGGGAGACGCUGUGUGGAGCAUGUGGAGAGAACUAUGCAUCUGAUGAGUUCUGGAUUUGCUGUGACAUCUGUGAGAAAUGGUUCCACGGAAAGUGUGUUAAAAUUACUCCUGCAAGGGCUGAGCAUAUUAAGCAGUACAAAUGCCCCUCUUGCAGCAACAAGAGAGCGCGGGUUUGACAAUCGGUGCUGAACUGCCAUUGUAUUCUCACAUGGUGGACUUCUCUAACUGCCUAGUAGGUCAGGUUUUUUUUUUUUUUUUUGGGUCCCUUGGCAAUGAUAAGGUGUCCUUUGGCAUUUGAACUAUGUCAGAUGUUAUCUCUAGGUGGUCGCAGUUCUAAGGUAGAAGAUACAACAUAUUCACUCAGGUAGGAAAUCAUCCUCCUGAUAGUGUUGAAAGUACCUGUUUCAUGCUUUCUCGACAGUACAUGUGUUUAUAGAGUAUCUAUGUACCAUGUCCUGAUGAUUAUGUUGGUGUUAGUCCAUUGUUUCUAGCUUGUUUUACAUGAAUAGAUGGCUCUUUUAUGGAAAAUCGAAGAGGAAAUUUUAUUUGAUUGCUA